AUGUCCGAAGCUCAGAAGUUCGAACAGGCCAACGUCCAUUACGCUGACCAAUUCACCAAGGGAGACUUAGCCUUACCUCCUGCAAGGAAGGUAGCCGUCGUGAUUUGUAUGGAUGCUAGAAUUGACCCAGCCAAGGCUUUAGGCUUGAGCGAAGGUGAUGCUCACGUCAUCCGAAAUGCUGGUGGUAGAGCUUCCGACGCUUUGAGAAGUGUCAUCAUCUCUCAGAGAUUGUUGGGAACCAGAGAAAUUGUUGUUGUCCACCAUACGGACUGUGGGAUGUUAACCUUCUCUGAUGAACAGUUGAGAGGAAUUGUCAAGAAGGAAACGGGACACAGUGUGGACCAUUUCGCCUUCUUACCAUUCAGCGACUUGGAGGGUAGUGUCAAGGAGGAUGUUGAAUUUCUCAAGAACAGUCCUUUGGUGUUGGAUGUUCCCGUUUCUGGAUAUGUCUACGACGUCAAGACCGGUAAGGUGAAGAAGGUUGCUUAG